AUGGAAGGCCUGGUGGAUCCAGAGACGCUGUACAUGAAACAAAACUGCAUUGGUGGCGGAAGCUUCGGGCGGGUUUAUAAAGGUGUCGAUAAACGCAACGGAAAGUCAGUCGCAAUCAAGAUAAUUGAUGUGGAGAAUGCCGAGGACGAGGUCGAGGACAUCAUCCAAGAGAUCGCUAUCUUGUCCGAGCUCAACUCCCCGUACGUGACCAGAUACCAUGGAUCAUAUUUGAAAGGGUCAAGUCUUUGGAUCGUGAUGGAGUUCUGCUCCGGUGGCAGCUGCUCUGACCUCAUGCGCCCGGGGCCAAUUCCGGAAGAAUACAUUGUCAUCAUCAUUCGAGAACUGCUCAAGGGACUGGACUACCUACACAGCGACAAGAAGCUGCAUCGCGACGUUAAAGCUGCAAACAUUCUUUUGUCGUCGGGCGGCCAAGUGAAGCUGGCGGAUUUUGGAGUAUCUAGCCAGCUAUCGGCUACCAUGACAAAGAAGAAUACAUUCGUCGGGACUCCCUUUUGGAUGGCUCCAGAAGUAAUCAAGCAGUCAGGAUAUGAUUACAAAGCUGAUAUCUGGUCACUCGGGAUUACCGCGAUUGAGUUGGCUCACGGAGAACCUCCUUACUCGGACAUACAUCCCAUGAAGGUCCUGUUCCUGAUCCCAAAGAAUCCACCACCUACACUGCAAGGUGAUUACAGCAAAACAUUCAAGAGCUUCGUCGAACUUUGUCUUCGGAGAGACCCGCGAGAGCGACCGACAGCUAAAGAGUUGCUUGAGCAUCCCUUCAUCAAGCGAGCGAAGAAAACCAACUACUUGACGGAACUGAUCGAGCGCUAUGAGCGUUGGCAGGCAGUGAACGGCAAUAAAAAGGAUGACGAAGAUGACGAGUUGGACCAGGAACCCGCGGUCGGCCCAACGGCCACCGAGGAUGAUGACGAUCUUUGGGACUUUGGCACCGUUCGACCAGCGGGACGCGGGCACGCUCUCAAUCCGAUGAGAGUGGCAGACCUUAACGCUAGGGGUCAGGGCCCGAGAGACAGAGAUUCCAAACCCGAGCUCCGAAAGGAAGCGCCUAGGCCGAAUAACCCUACGUGUCCUCCUGCUCAUCUCAAGAGCACGCCUACUUCACCAAAGUUGGCUUCUCCAUCAAAGAUUCCAUUACCCCCGUCCCCGGUGAAACCAUCGCAUAUCGAUAACCUCCCAAAAACCCCUUCACAUAUAACACCCCAGAAAGUAAGGGAAAGCCCUGGGAGUGAUUAUGACAGGGCUCUACAGCAGUCUUUAGCACAAGAUUUGAGUUUCCUGCAACUAGAUCGUUCCCCGGAAAGCUCCAUGGCGACCCUCAUUGACAGAGGGAGCCCGCUCUCGACACCGUUGCCUCACCAGUCACGGUCAUCCUUUUCCAUGGAAACACCAGCUCUGCAGGCGUCACCUUCACGAAACUCCAGUGAACAGCAGGUCAGGUCCGGAAUCGAACCACGGCGUAUUCAGCCUCCACUCUUUUCUCAACCACAAGCUCAGCAGCAGUCCCAUUAUUCGCGUCCUCCUCCAACGCCAAAACAUACGUCUCCGCCGCCGCAACCUCAACCUCAAAACCAUUUACAUGCUCCUUUGCACAGCUUAGCACCCAGUCAUCCCGAUCUAAAUGGUCCUUCUUUAUACAACAAACCCGCUAACUCGAACGCACAACACACGAAACAGUCGUCGAACCCUCUUGAAGUCACUGCUCUUAACAGUGUUAUCCUUCCUGCUCUGAAAGAAGCCAUUAAUCGUCGUGCUCGUUGUGUAGAUAUCGCUACCCGGUCUACAAUAGCCCACGACGGUGAGAGUCUAAAAACGGCAUUGGAGCUUCAGUCCCGACGGGAACAUGCCCAAGAGAUGAUAGAAUCAUUAUCCAAUGAAUUAGUUGGAAUCCUUACCAGGCUCGAGCGGUGGGACAACGACGCCCCGGUGGGUAUGGGCGCCGGCAUCCCCUCCUUUCUAGAAGGAUUCCUGGAAGAGGUUCUUGUCAGGAUUGAGCCAGGCGAUGAUGACGAGUUUCGAUAG